CCACUUACAUAGAAACGGUGUAAACAACCAUUACCCCUCGACAACAUUUACCUUCUCCACAUUUGUGUUAACGCUCACUACAAGAUAACACGACAUGGAAUCCGAGGGUUUACAUCUGAAUAUUGACUACGUCGGUAGCAGCGGCGUUGUUCUUAGUCCAGAACAGAAAGCAGCCCUUCAGACAUCAUUAGUGAUUUUACAAAAUGAAAAUAAGUUUCACAAAGUGUACUUCUGGGGGAAAAUCGUCGGAGUCAAGGAAGACUACUUUGUUGCCCAAGGAUUCGACAAAGAUGAAUUUGCUGGUCGCAAAACAUUUUAUAGCAAGGACUGUAUCCACUGGGGCCUCCUUCCACCAGCAACAAAAAUGAUGCGAGAUCAGAGUAAGCUUGCCAAGGGUCGCUUUACUGGAGACCCUUCAUAUGAGUAUGAACAUGUGGAAACGAAGAAAGUAGGAGAAGGCGAGGAUGCCACAGAGGAAGAAGAAACGCUGACAAUCAAGGAGGAGGAUCGUCUGGCAUCUGUCAUCACUGAGAUUGAUGAAGACGUUCGCAUUGUCCCACGUGCUGCUUUCAUCAAAACUCCAACUGGACAAGUGAUCUCUAACAGGAGUUUUGAAGGUCUGUCUGUGUCGGAGGCAGCCAAGCUGUGCAACUACUUCCACUUCCGUGAACCCCAGCUGAUCAGCGAGCAGAGCAUCCUACAGCGGGCUAGUCUGGACAAGGCCAUUGAUUUCAUGGACUCCGUGGAGGAGGACAUCCCCCGAGGCUCCUGGAGUCUACAGUUUGAGCGUGGUAGUGGCCUUGUGACUCUCCGCAGCCUGCUGUGGCAAGGCUACAUCUUCUGUCACGUCCCAGGACAGCGCAAGUUUGGCUCAGUGUACUUCGGCACUGGCGAGAAGAACUUGGACCUGCCAUUCAUGUUGUAGGCCACCUUGAUCAUCUGUACAUAGCCUCACCAUGCCUACAUCAUUGUGUACUCCGCCUGUCACAUCCUUUAUAUAAAGAAGAUCCAAGUAACACCCAUUGUUAAAUAUAAUAAAACAUUAUUGAUAAUG